UCUCUUUUCACGUGCCACGGAGGCGUCGCGCGGCGCGCGCAAGUAUCGGGUUCUCACUCGAUACUCCAAAAAAUUCCAGUGCCACUAAGUUAUUGUUAUACACCUUCACAGCCUUCACGCUCCUUACUGACUUAUAUUGUUUUUCAAGGCUGGUCUUGUGCGACAUCCAAUAGUCGGACUACAUACAUAACAUCCUCAUAUGCUACCACUUCCUGUCAGGCAGCAUGCAUGUCUACAAUGUCGAAUCAAGUACCUCACCCGCGCCAUGUCUAUCAAUGCGCUCCGGUCCCCGUCUUCUGCGCCAAUUCCCUCUUCCUCCUUAAUGCGAUGGUUCAAUCGACAUCUUCGAAGCGAUAUACGGCUCAAUCAUACUAGCGGUCCAGCGAAGCCGAGUAAAAAGAGCAGACGUCCAAGAGUGAGCCCAAGGCCUGGAACGGAACGUGUACCUGGAGCGCCUCUAGUCUCCAAAAGGUCUCAUACCCAGAUACUUGAUCUCAUCCAACUCAGGCCUGUGCUAGGGAGUUUUACGGAGACACUGCCAUCAACCACGCGAGAAAAUGUGGCUCUAGAAGAAGUGCUGAAGGGCGUAGAGUCCACAGGACACCUAGACGAACGGUCUCGAAGAGCGGUGGCACUUCUCCGCAAAGCCUUUGCAGGAAGAAGCUAUGACGACACUGAUGCUAGUCUUGGGCUGCUUGCGUCCAAAGGCCCUGCACAACGGAGUCGGGUGACUGACGAGCCUACCAAGGAUCUUCUAGUGACUCUAGGCCUUCUCCGACCGCAAAGAGGCAUCCAGCCGACUAGAGUCAGAAGAGUUGAAAGCAAUUCCAGUAGCGAGAAGGGACCUGUCUUGCAAGGCGAUCCUCCUUCGACGGAACCCGAUGUAGUUGUUCGAAAAACUCCCUCCAUUGGAGCCGUGCGCAGACUCGCAUCUGCAGACCACAAAGAAAAAGUUCAAACAUUGGAAAAGGAAUAUCUUAAGGAAGCUACUUUGGAUGAUUUUGCGUUCGUUCCUCUGGCGGUUGAGAGAUCACAAGUGCCUGGCUUGGGCCAUGAUCUGUCUCGUGUCCUCUUCAACCCUGGUGUCUAUCAGCUGCAAGACCCGAGGUCAAGAGUGUGGAACUUUGACCCAUACUUGGGCAACCUCAUGCCUGUGUCGGAGUUCAAUUAUGAUGCUCUGAACAAAUACAUCACAUCCUCCGAAGACUCCAAUCUGCGCCAGGUUGCGUUGCAGCAUGAGAAGCGCUACAUAGGCUCUACUUCCAGCAUGUCCGGGGUUCUAUCCCACUUCCAUUUCCUCCUCUCUUCCUGGCGCGAAUUGACCCUGGACCAUCUAUCCCGCGGGUUUGUGGAUGAUGGACACAAAUUCACCAGGAUUCAAAGAGGGCCAACAGCAAUUUUCUUACGGUAUAAAGAUGGCGUCUAUGCUGUUGACGCGGACAAAGAAUUUGACUCGGCGAACGUUCUCAUGAGCUUAGGCCGGUCUAUGGAGAAACUCUUGACCAAUGACAAGGAUGAGUUCGAACGAUUCAGGAGGACACAUGAUAUCGAGAACGAUUCGCAGGUUCAGUCCACAGAACCCGAAGCAUAUCACUAUACCGGACUUGGGUCAUUCCUCAUCCGGUCUCAACUCGACGCUCAUGAUCCAAGACUCCCAGGAACGGGUAUGUUCGACCUUAAGACUCGGGCGGUAGCAGCGGUCCGGAUGAUGGUCAGGCAGCACGAAACAGGUGCUGGAUACCAAAUCAAGGAGAGAUUCGGGACGUGGGAAUCGUACGAACGGGAAUAUUACGAUAUGAUGAGGUCGGCCUUCCUCAAAUACUCACUACAAGUGCGGAUGGGCCGAAUGGACGGCAUAUUUGUGGCCUACCAUAACACUGAGCGUCUCUUUGGAUUCCAAUAUAUCCCUCUCCCGGAGAUGGAUCUGGCGCUGCACGGGCAGACCGACAUUACCCUCGGAGACCGCGAAUUUCGGCUCAGUAUCAAACUUCUUACUGAUAUCUUCAACCAGGCAACGCACAAAUUUCCCGAGCAGUCUCUGAGAUUUCACUUCGAGGCCAGGGAAGCAACUAGUGUCCAAGCUCCUCAUAUGUACAUCUUCGUGGAGCCAGUUUCGGACGAGGAGAUUCUCGAGAUUCAGAACUCCAAAAAGGAAGAGGUUGCAGCAUUUGAGGAACGGAUCUUCAAUCCAAAAAGGGCAGACCAAGUCCAGCGUGGCCUGGAAGAAGAGGACCAAAGAGCCGCAGACGAUAUCACAGAGCCGCUAAAUCAGACAGUCACUCCUGAUGCUGAAGGGCCCGGAAGUGCCAAAGCAAGCAAGGACCUGCCAAGUCCCUCAAAUGCAGCCGACGUCGAAUUCCUUGACAGUCUUAUGGACGUGGAUUUGAACGCUGCAGCAACCACGGCUCCGGUCAGAGAGACCGAAGCUCAACCAGCGCAGGAGCCGAAAGAGACAAAACCGAUCUUGGGUUGGAAGUUGAAAAUCAGCAAUAUCGUCAACGGGCUUCCCGUGACCCGCCCUACUGACCUCAAGGCGUCCGACGAUUGGAGCAUUCGAUACGCACUCGUCCCGCUUGCUGAAGGUGUAUGUCAACGGAACUAUGCUCUAUGCAAGAACCGUCGCAAAGCUGUUCUUUCAGCUCCACAAGAAGGAGACGACUCCGUUCGCUUCUAUGUCAAACGCUUGAUUUCUAUGAGCCAGGAAGGUGCCAAAUGGCGGCGACGAUUAGACGAGUUUGAUGCUCAGCGGGACAGAGUGGUCCUCUACGGCGACCGAAGCCCUAAGGAGAGCACUGAAUGAUUUGAGUUGUCCCGAAUAUGUAUAAUAAGGACGAGAAUUUGGAUUCCAGGUC